AUGGGGGGUGACCCGUCUCGGAGGAACCAAAGCUUUUAUUGUACAUAUCACAAGGAUAAGGAUCAUACCACCGAGCAAUGUCAGAUGUUGAAAGAUCAUCUAGGACAGCUAGUGAAGACUGGAUAUCUGAAGGAGCUUAUGGUGGAUUCUGGAAAUCGGGGUACCGACCAGGGUGUUCAACAAAGGGGAAAUCCUCUCCCACCACAUUUGGGAGUGAUUGAAGUCAUCCAUGCUAUCCUGAGGGGUCUGAUUAUAGCUAGAAGAGGAGUACUAACUGUAGUAUCCAUGGGAAACUAUGCAGGAGAGCAAUCACUUGAGAAAAAGAUGAAGAUUGGACGGGAGCCCAUCAUUUUUGGCGAUGAUGAUUUAGAGGGAACGGUCCAGCCACAUGACGACGCGUUGGUAGUCACGGCCCAGAUAAGCGAUUUCUUAGUCAAAAGAGUGAUGGUAGACCAAGGGAGUAGGGCCGAUGUGAUGUAUCUGGACCUAUUCAUAGGGCUCGGGUUAAAAAACCGAGACCUAUUAAAGUAUGAUUCGUCGUUGGUUCAGUUUGAUGGCAGGGUGGUCGCUCCUGAGGGACAAAUUUCCCUUCCUGUAAAUAUGGAAGGUAAGGAGGUGAUGGUAGCAUUCAUAGUCGUCAAUUCGUUUUCUCUAUACACAGCGAUUUUGGGACAACCGUGGAUCCAUGCAAUGGGGGUUGUUCCGUCCACCUUGCAUGUAAAGGUCAAAUUUCCCACCGAGUAG